UUGCACAGCAGUCUUGAAAUGAAGAUACUGUCGUGCCUGUUUAUUCCAGUUUCACAGACCUGUGUCAUCAUCGUGUGAACAGGAAGGAAGUGGAGAAUGACGACCAGCGUUGAGUCUUUAUAUAGAGAGUUGAGAUUGCAGAUCUUUGAGCUGUCACAUCUCACCAGCUGGAGGAAUCUAAGUAGAGUGGCGUCUUCUGAACUGAACUGAACUGUGGACUGAAAUGAAACUCAGAGAGGAAAACUGGGAAAACCGACACUAUCAGCUCUGCCCUAUGGAUCUCGGAUUGUUCCAGGCUCUGGAGAGAGAACGAGUCCUGGAGGUUCUUCAGAGAGACAAAGCACUUCGAACCAUCGAAGCAGACAGAAUCAGGAGGCUAAAGGUAGAACUUCAAGGUAUCUAUCGUCAGGGUGCCAAGACCAUUACUCGUCCGUAUGGUCAGAGAUCGUGUGCGAGAUGUCAGCGACCUCUGGGGAAGUUCUGGGACUGUGGUUCGGUGUGCUGUGGAUGCAGUCACCGCAUCUGUAACCGCUGCCGGGUCGUCCGGUCCGCUAGAGAGUGGAAGUGCACAAUGUGUCAUGCAUUCAGGGAAUUUAAGAUCAAAUCUGGCGAAUGGUUUCUGGAGCAGCAAGCAAAGAAAUUUACGGAUGCCAAAGGAAACAGUCACGAGACCACCGGAGACAAACUGUUACAGUCUUAUCAACGGCUCAGCUUCAUUGCAGUCGUGCCUCCAACUCCUCCUCCCUUUAAAGAAGUCCCAUCAUUUAACAAUUCAGAGGAUCCCAAAAUAUCAAAGGCGUUUACUAAAUCUAUGGAGAACCUUAUGAUUUCUGUCAGUGCUCACAUAAAAAAGCUCUCCAAGUCUCAGAAUGAUUUGAGCGUGGAAGCCGGUCAGCUGACUGUGGAUUACGGGCGCAUGAACUCGAGACGCAAGAGUCUUUCAGAGAGCGCCCUCAACAGAGCCUGCAAUCUGUGCAAAGCUCCCAGUCUUCCCGAUCUUUCCCAGAACACCAAAUCCUCGGAGCAGUACGCAUCAUCAAGCACGGUUUACCUGACAGAUGACGAUGGUUCAUUUACAUCCGCAUACAGCGAUGAGCACAGGGACAGCAACAGCAGCACAGGAAUGGAUUGUGGGUUCUUUGAAAACAGUGUGACUGGAGAAAUAGAGGUUGCCUUUGGGUACGACAACAGGACGUCCUGUUUGGAGAUAACUAUCAAAGCCUGCAGAAAUCUGAUGUUUGGAGAUAUGAGGAGGAAAUGUCAUCCGUAUGUAAUGGUCCAUUUGCUUCCGAAGAAAUAUCACAAUAAUAAGAUGAAAACAGCAGUCAAGAGGGGAAAUAACCCGGUUUACAAUGAAGCGUUUACAUGUACACUUGAGCGUGAGCAGCUGGUCAGCAGUGUGGUUCAGGUCUCAGUCUGGCACUCCAGAGGACUCAAGCGGAAGCUCUUUCUGGGUGAGACUCUCCUCCGUCUGGCAGACUUCAGUCUGGAGAACACACACACUCAGCGCUCCGUCUGGAACACACUCGGCCCUAAGCAGAGACAUUCACUGGGUGGCGAUGUGGAGCUGUUCACCUCAGACCUGCUGCUGCUUAAAGCACAACUACAGUUCCUGACACACACUGACGACACUUUGAUGGGAUCUGCAGGACAGCUGAAAGUUGUCAUCACUGAUGUGUGGAAGCUCUCCGUCUCAAAAACAGCUUACAUCGAGGGGAUUCUUCAUCUUCCCGGAGAGAGAGAGCUGGUGCAGAGAACUGCACUGAAGAAGACUGAUUCUCUCCAGAUGAGCUUCAGCAGAGUCUCACUUCAGGAGCUCCAGCAGGCCAUCCUGCAGAUCAACCUGUGGGAGAAACACACCUUCAGCCUCGCUGACCGCUUACUGAGAUCAGCACGACUGGCCGGCGAAUCCUCAUGGCAACGCCUCCAGCAGAUGCCAGGAGAGUGGCAUGACUUCGUUCUUCCACUUCACGCAACUGUCAGCACAAACAUGAGGUCAUAACUGAAGAACGUGGACCCUUUCCAUCGACCCACAGAUCCUGGCAUGUGGCAGUUGUGCUCACAAGAGGCCACAGAAUCCUGCGAACAGACUCUCAUUUCUUGCAUCCCAUUUCAUCAGACAUGAACAGUUUUGAUGUUUUAUUUCAUGUAAUAUGUAUAAAUUAUUUCAUAAAUUAAUAAACUGAAUAUAUCUACAAAGAUGGUAUGCGGUACGUUAUUAUACACUGAACUUCUUAAAUAAGACACCCAGAUUUGUUGUUCAUAAAUCUUUAUUUCUAAUAUAAUAAACACCUCUUGGGGGAAAAUAAAUAAAUCCAGUUGUUGUGAAUCUCAA